AUGCAGCGAUUGCUGGCAACACAGCCAUCCCAGAUUCGGUUCGACGAGAGCGGCGCUCUGACCACAAUCUGCGCCCAGGAAAAGGUCAUUGAUUUUCGAUCUGUCGGAGCCGCAAUUGAGAAGAUUCUCUCCUCACGAUUGUCUAAGGACAUCACAAUGCUCCAUAUGGAUGGUCUACGAUCAAUGGAGAAGGAAUGGGCGCACGGCAAACGAGAUCAGGCGCUGUCCAAGCAGUUGGAAACACUUGAACGAGAUUACACGGAGGGCAAGCUGCACAACAAAAGACAGCUAUACAAACGCCUGAAGGCGUCGUACCGAGCACCACCGGAGGCAUUGCGCGCCGUUUCGGAAGUACUGCGUCAGAGUGGAUGGACGAUUUGCCAAUGUCUCAACCAAAGCGACACGUGCAUUGCGCGGACAGUCAACAACGCUGCCGUACCCGGAGAUAUCCGAGUUAUCACCAAGGACUCCGAUCUCAUGGCAUUCGAGUCAAUCAUGUCCGUCACCAUGCCAGUCAAGAACACUUGGACUACUUUCCACAAAGAUGAGCUUCUGAACGAGCAUGGCCUUCCGACCCCUGUACAUCUAACGCUUGCCGCUCUGGUAUCGAACAACGACUACACCAACGGAGUUUUUUCCUAUGGCUUGACAUCCAAUGUCGAUACGAUCCGUCAGUUCAAGAUGACAGGUCUUGAUGGAACGGUUGGCCAAGAUCGAGUGGAGGUGGUUCGGAUCUAUGUUAGGCGCUACCUUGACAUAAUACACCAAAAGGCCCGUACAAUCAAGGACUCAGCCACCCAAAGCGCACGUCGUCGACUGCGAUGCAAUCCUAACCCAACGGUGAAGGCACACGACAAGGAUCUGAGGAGGAUCGAAACGGCCGAUCGACAGCUGCGUGUAGAUGUGACAGAAUUCGGCCAUGCUCUCAAGACAUUCGUGCUUUGCGAGGAAACCACUCUGGACAACAACAGGAUCAGCCCGGCGGCCGAUACACACACACGACUGAUGGCCAUAAUUAAGGAAACAGAAUUCAACAAAGCCUACACUGAUUGGCGUCGCUUUUCCGCGAGUCGGACGGGAUCGUUGCCGCCUGGGCUGCUAGUAGAUCCAGCUUCUCAGGGGGCGGCGACAGACGCAGAGGCAACGCCACCACCACUCCCAACGGCACCCAAGGCAGGAUCAGCACCAUAUCCGCAAGCUACAUCAGCGGGAUCACCUUCCAUCAGGCAGACGCAUGGCCCAGCCGAACAUCCACCAUCGCACAAGCAAAAGAUUAAAAAACAACGCCGACAUGGUUCACGGGCCCUCCAGCGGCGACGACAGAAGUGGCGUCGUUCCAGAUUCCGCUCGCGCACAGACGUGCAAGAUCGCUAUGUGCCGAACACUGUUUUCCUAGAAAAGGCCAGCCCUGUUGAUGUCGUGGAACUUUCAGGAUUGAAGCCGUCGACCCCCCGUCCUUCAAAGCCCAAGGAGCAAUCCCCCCGUAUCAACCAAGUGCCUGCCCCCGCUGCCAAGAAGAAAAAGAAAAAACUCCUUGGCGAACCUAAAGGAAUAGCUGGACCCAAGGCCUUGAAGAGAGCGUUCCAGUCUGUUUUCGCAACGGUCACGCUCACGACUGGAUCCCUGCAAGGCUGCCUAGGAAGAUCAACCAAUCUGUCGAAAGCAGAGGUUGCGCAGCUAACCCAACACGUGAGUUCGGCAGUCUCUACCGUCAAUAGCGCCAAACACAUUGUGUACAAGCUUAUCGAGAUGCGCAUUCUACAGCCGCUGAUCGAGACUGGACUGAACCAGGCAGAGGAUGGACCGGACGAGAGCUUCCUGGAGAAGAUCCUGGAUUCCGAUUGGGCGGAAAGGUUUGUCCAAAACCUACUGUCCUUCGUCUUGAGGAAUUCCAUUGUCCCCCAAGGACGUCCACCCGCGUCGGACAAGAGCAAGGAUGCUGUCGCUGAAGCAAUCUCGACGUUUAACGAGUUCAAGAAGACGCUGUGCCCAGGGUUCAAAGCCCUCAACUCAACGGAUCUGGCUUUGAGUAAUAUCAUCGCGGAACUUGCACCCAAGAUCUGCCUAGAUCAAAAACUGCAUUACAGGAGAAUACCGGAGACUCUUAGAACAAAGCUGUCCAUUGAUUGCGAUGGUCUUCCUGAAAUAGAUCAAGAUGACACCGACGCUGGUGGUGAUGCCGGGGCUGCUGACGUUAACGAGGGUGUGGACGACGACGACGCCCUCAAGCGAUCCAAGAAGAUCAUUUUCAAGCCGGGUCAUAUUCAACUCUGCUGGCGAUAUUUCCUCCUCUUACCAUCAUCCAAGCGGCCCCGGUUCUGCACCCAGGCCAAAAUGAGCGAUUCCUUCAUUGACAUCAACGAGGAAGCGUUGGUUGCGCUUCUCUGGGGAGAGAAGGCAGCUCAGUUGGACAACGUAUGGGAGGACACCCGCUACACUCACAACUGGGCAGCGGCAAAACAGCGUUCUUCGUACGGAGAGGUGAUCAAAGAACUAUUCAUCGGUGACCGAGAUGUCAUCAAGGAAGCCAGGAAUAAGCAGCAGACGACGUACGGGAAGAGGACAACAACCAUGGCUGAGCGUGAGGAGGCCCAUCCACACAUCUACGGACAGUUAGAGCUCGCACGGACGGAUGGCCACCAGCUGCAGAUUCUCGCGUAUGACUUUACAAAACCCCGCCAAUCCCCAAAUUACAGUGAGUUUCUUUCUAGGAUCGAGAAGCUUUAUCCAACGCGGCAGCAUCUUAUCGACGCGUUUGGCGACGACCUGGAUUCAGUCAUUGUCGUCGGUAUUGAUCCCGGAGAGGUAGUGAGCGAUGUUGUCGACUCAUCCCUUUGGACACGGAUUACCGACCUGGACAAGCUCACCACUCUCCCGUCUGUCCACGACCUAGAGAAUUCUCUCCCCUCAACGAACUACGACACCUCGUUGGAUGCUUUGACGGCAGCUCACAAGAAGUACUACGAGCAGGAACCGCCGAUCCACGGGAUUUACGCGUCAAGAGAAUAG